UGUAAGUUACUGGGGCCGGGCAGUUUGCCAAAUCUUUUUCAAGAGGGAGAAAUAAUGAUUGGAGGUAUUUUUCCUGUUUACAACAAAGAGAUUGUCAAUACAUCAGCUUUUCUUAGCCAGCCUGUUGAAGCCAAGUGUGCUGGAUUUGACCUGCGAGCUUUCCGGUGGACACAAGUGAUGAUAUUUGCCAUUGAGGAAGUGAACAGGAGUUUGUUUCUUUUGCCAAAUGUGACGAUGGGUUACAGGAUUUUAAACUCUUGUGCAUCUCCCAGCACCACAUUGCGAGCGGCUCUGGCUCUGGCUGGUGGUGUAGGGGGGUCUCAGUCUCCUGCCUGUGCUCCAAGUGUAUCUGCUCUCAUUGCAGAAUCCGGUUCAUCUCAGUCUCUGGCCGUGGCUGAGACUCUGGGGCCAUUUCAAGUUCCUGUUGUGAGUUAUUUCUCUACCUGUGCCUGCCUCAGCGACAGAGGCAAAUUCCCAACAUUUUUUCGUACAAUUCCCAGUGAUUAUUUUCAAGCCAAAGCUUUGGCUGCUCUGGUAAAACAUUUUAAAUGGCACUGGAUUGGAGCUAUACAGUCAGACAAUGACUACGGGAGAAACGGUGUGUCAGCUUUCAUCCAAGAGGUAAAAAAACUUAGCAUCUGUGUGGCCUUUGUAGGCACUGUUCUUAGGACAUACUCCAUGGACAGAAUCCUCAGAGUUGUAGACAUGAUCAAAAUGUCAAGCGUUAAAGUUAUACUCAGUUUUGUUCCAGAGGGGGAUUUCUACCCCUUGAUGCUUGAAAUAGUAAAACAAAACAUAACAGGUAUUCAGUGGAUUGCUAGUGAGGCUUGGAUCACAGCAGCUCGGCCCUCAACACCAGAAAUGCACCAGUCAUUUGGAGGAGCAUUGGGGUUUGUUGUGCACAAAAGAACAAUACCAAAACUAAAGUCAUUCCUGACAGAUAUCAGUCCCUAUGCCAAUCCCAAAGCAGCAUUUGUGAAGGAAUUCUGGGAAGAUGUGAUGGGAUGCAGUCCAAAGAUAAGUGGAGCAGGUGAUGGAUAUGAACCAACAAAGAAACACUGUACAGGAAAUGAGACACUAAAAGAUUUGGAUACUGUGUUUUUUGAUGUCACACAAUUGAGAGUGUCCUAUAAUGUGUAUAAUGCUGUAUAUGCAGUAGCCCAUGCUCUGCAUCAGAUUAUUUUUUGUCAGGCUGCACCCAAUGAAACAAAUAAGAUGUGCAAGAAGGUGUCAGAAAUCAGCCCCAAACAGGUGACAGCAAAUUUGAAAAAGGUGAAUUUUCAGAACAUGUUUGGAGAUGACAUAUUUUUUGAUGCAAAUGGAAACCCACCUCCAUCUUAUGACCUCAUAAACUGGCAGAUGUCAGAGGGCAAAGUUCAACAUGUAACUGUGGGUCACUUCAUCUCUUCAAUGGGAGACUACAAGCUCAGAAUUAAUGAAGAAGACAUUAUCUGGAGAACAGGACAAAUGGUCCCCAAAUCUGUAUGUUCGAGUGUGUGUCCAGUGGGAACAAGGAAGGCUCAAAUUAAAGGAAAACCUGUGUGCUGCUUUGACUGCAUCCCUUGUGCUGAAGGAACUAUAGCCAAUAAAACAGGGGAGGCUGAAUGCACUCCAUGUCCUGAAGAAUAUUGGUCCAACGAGCUCAAAAAUGCAUGUAUUCCUAAAACUGUGGAGUAUUUGUCCUACCAGGAACCAAUGGGAAUAGCCCUCACAGCUGUCUCUGUGAUGGGGACUGUUCUGUCAAUGGCCACUAUGGUGAUCUUCAUUGUCUACAGAGACACCCCAGUCAUCAAGGCCAGCAACUCUGAGCUCAGCUGUUUCUUGCUCUUCUCCCUGUUCUUGUGUUUCCUGUGUCCACUCACAUUCAUUGGGAAGCCUACUAUCUGGAUGUGUAUGCUGCGCCAUACUGCAUUUGGAGUCACUUUUGCCUUUUGCAUGUCUUGUAUUUUAGGCAGAACUAUUGUAGUAGUUGCAGCAUUUAAAGCAACUUAUCCUAGAAACUCUGCAGCAGUGAAAUUUGGUUACGCACAACAAAGAAUUAUAGUUUGUUCUUGUACCUUAGUUCAAAUUCUAAUAUGUGCUGCCUGGCUUACGAUAAGCCCACCAUUUCCGGAUAAAGUGUUCAAAUAUAGCAAUACAAAGAUAGUUUUAGAAUGUAAUACAGGCUCCCAGGCUGCCUUCUACGCGGUUCUGGGGUAUAUUGGGCUGUUGGCAAUAACAUGUUUAGUGUUAGCCUUUUUAGCCCGAAAGCUGCCUGAUAAUUUCAAUGAAGCCAAGUUCAUCACCUUCAGCAUGUUGAUUUUCUGUGCAGUUUGGAUUACUUUUAUUCCAGCUUAUGUCAGCUCUCCAGGAAAAUUCACUGUUGCUGUGGAGAUUUUUGCAAUUUUGGCAUCAGCAUUUGGUUUAUUAAUAAGUAUUUUUGCCCCAAAAUGUUAUAUAAUACUGAUCAAACCAGAGAAAAAUACAAAGAAACACAUAAUGAGAAAAUCUGACAAAAAGAUCUUUCUCCAGCCCAUAACUGGUACUGGAUAG